AUGACGGCGUCCCUAUCAUCACGGAAGAUUGAUGAGGCACUUCGUCUCUCUGCAGAGGUGCGGGAGUUAUUGCUUCUCCAUGGUCACAGUAAAAAGGCAACUGUAAUCUCUAUUCGUCGAAUUCAAGAAACACUGCGUGCUAUUUUGCAAUGUACCUCUCUUAUACAAACAUACGAUCAGACACCCUACCGUUGUAGUAUUUACAAUCAUGUUUCUCGCACAUUUCUAAGCGUUCUUGAUCUUCAACCAGAAGGAGACGAAUUGGGUAAUGGCGGCAACCAUAACGACAAUACCUACAGUCUAGAUACAUUGGAAAAGGCAUCUAAUUGUCCCCCACAGACAAUAAAUGGUGAAACAAGUGCCUUUGAAGAAGUUUCCGCGGUGCGAACUGAAAGCAGAGGUGAUGGUAUUAAUAAUAAUAAUAAUAAUAAUAAUAAUAAUAAUAAUAAUAAUAAUAAUAAUAAUAAUAAUAAAGUUGUGCGGUGGGCAGAUGUUGUGGGAUGUGAAGAGGCUAUCAUAGCGCUAAAACAAGCAACUACACUUCCGCUGCAGUUUCCACAGUUAUUUAAGGCACCACGACGACCACCGCGUCGUAUUUUACUGUAUGGUCCACCCGGUACUGGAAAGACAUUACUUGCCGCCGCAGCAGCUACAGAGUAUAAUGCACCGCUUUUCACUAUUUCCUCUGCAGAUAUAUUAAGUAAAUGGAUUGGAGAGUCCGAGCGUCAUGUGCGACGGCUCUUUGAAGCUGCAGCAGAACUCCCUCGUAGUGUUCUUUUCUUUGAUGAGGUGGACGCUAUAUGCGGUGAGCGUGGUGGGUCUAAUGAAAGUGAGGCCUCACGACGAAUUAAGACGGAGUUACUUCUUCAAAUGCAAAGUCUUGACUCUGGUCAUAUUACUAUUAUAGCAGCGACAAAUUUACCAUGGGAGUUGGAUUCUGCUUUUCGUCGUCGUUUUGAUUAUCUCGUGUUUAUUGGUCUUCCCUCACCCUCUGCACGUCGUCAACUGUUUUUAUCAGAGUUACAGCAAAUACCACACAGUCUCACUGAAAGUGAUUUGGAUUGGCUUGUUAAUUACACGGAAGGGUAUUCCGCAUCCGAUAUUCGUCAUGUUGUUCAGCAUGCCAUUAUGGAGCCUAUUCACAGAAUUGCUCAGUCAUCGUAUGUACGUUGUGUUCCUGUUUCGCCUCUCUCUGUUGGGAUUGAGGAUCAUCUCACAGCAUCUACACAAUAUGUGCCGUGUUCAGAGAAUGAUGAGGGUGCGAUCUCUCUGUGUAGUAUUCCUGCAGCGCAGCUUCACGUGCCAGAUGUUGGCAGAGAUGAUUUUGAAACUGCUAUACGUGCGUUUCCACCGAGUGUCUCUGCAGAAGAGAUGGAGAAAUUCUCACAAUGGCGAAGACGAGAAAAACGUACUACCGGAUAA